AUGGACUCUCGGGCCAGAGCGCAGAGCAAUGCCUCAAGACGGAGCGUUCUGGGGAGGAGGUUUGGUGCUGGAGCCCUCUGCGUCAUGCUGGUCUGGCAGUGCGGAGAUCUUGGGAGGACGUGGAUGGCCUCGACAGUACCGAGUCUGACCACAAUGCCGGCGCACCGGACGGGCGGAAGGUUUGGCAGAGCCUCCGUCAGGCUUUCUCGUCGAACUUUAGCAUUGCGAGCCGCUGGCGUCAACCCUUUCGCCAUGGCACGCAGCGACGUCAAAUCGACGCUCUUCAGCUGCCUGGACCAAGACGGAGACAGGCGUCUGAAUCGAGCCGAAAUGAAGAAGUUUGCGGAGAUGACAGGCUUCGAAGGUACUGACGCAGACUGGGCCGGAGAGUUCGAAGUCCUAUGUGAGCCACAAGGAUGCGACUUCACCGCGUUCUCCCGGCUUAUCGACGACGACUCCGACGAUGGACUCUACUGCGAGGACUCAGAGUUGGCAGACAUGCUCAACCAGCUCCUGAUGAGUGGUGUCGGGAUCCCCGCUGGAAGAGCUCCAGCAAAGGCGGCCUUGGUGGAGGCUGUACCUGCAGGCCUCGAGUAUUUCGUGCGUGAGCGAGAGGCUGGCCUCUAUGACGGCGAGUGGAAGGCAUGGGAUCCCAAUGAGGGCAUCAAAGCUCGCACGCCUCGUGUCGGCAAAGUCGGCAUGUUGGACGGCUGUCCAAGCACAGCGGACGUGCAAGAAGCACUCAUGUUUGUCAACGAGCAGGUACAGGAAGGCAUCUUCGGCGACGCGUCAACGCAGGCACAGGAACGUCUCGGUGAGCUCUUGGCGCUCCAGGGAUCCGCGGCAAAAGGAGCCGGCUGGUUUGAGUUCCGUCUAGACGAGAAUGUGAUGGACGAGGAGCAGCUUUCUGAGAUGGUCCUUGCGCCAAGAGGAUGGCAGGUGGACCGAUCCACCAUUCCCACAGGCUACAUGAUGCACAUCAUGUCGGUCGGCAACGGCGUGAAGGCGACGCUGUGUGGCCGGGAAGGUCUGCACAUCGUGAACUCUCUACAUCGAGAUGUGUCGAAGUGCAAACGGCUGUGCGACACGGGCCUCUGCGGCGUCGUUGGUCGCAAGAGGGUCAUCGUCUUCCCGCCCGACACAUUUCCAGCCAGCACAACGGUGCUUCGCAGUCCU